AUGGCGCGCGCGAUACUGCUGGCACUGUUCCUGCUGUUGCGAGGCGGCGCCCGCGGCGGCGACGGAGGCGACGGACACAGCGCGCGCGCGGGGGGCGCCACGCUGCCGCAGCCCGCCGAUGCUGAUGGGCCGGGGUUCCCGCCGCGGCUGCACUACACGUUCAUCGAGCAGGCGCUGCGGCCGGCGGGGGGUGCGGGGGGCGCGGGGGGCGCGGGAGGCGCGGGGGGCGCGGAGGUGUCCCUGCGCUGCGCGGCGCGCGCCCACCCGCGCCCGCGCUUCACCUGGCUGCUAGACGACCAGCCGUUGCACCAGCAGCUCGAGCCACACAGCUACUCGGUGAGCGAGUCGGCGGGCGCGGGCGGCGAGGCGGCGUCGGAGCUGCGGCUGCGCGCGGCGCCGGGCGCGGGCGGGCUGUACGCGUGCCGCGCCGACAACCCGCACGGCGCCGCGCAGCACCAGGCACGACUCAACAUCUACGGGCCGCCGUCGAUCCGGGCGCUGGGCGCGGCGCGGCUGGUGGCGGGGCAGGACGCGACCGUGCUGUGCCCCUACGCCGGAUAUCCGAUCAGUGCGAUCAGCUGGCGGCGGCUGGGCGCAGCGGGGGCGGGCGCGGCGGGGGCGGGCGCGGGGGGCGCGGUGGGCGCGGAGGGGCGCGUGGCGGCGCGGGGGGCGGCGCUGCGGCUGCGGCCGGCGCGCGCGGGCGACGCGGGCCGCUACGCCUGCACCGUCACCGCGCCCGACGGGGCCACCGCCACCAGGGACAUCGAGAUACAGAUCAGAAAUCCACCCAAAAUAUCUCCUUUUAUGUUUUCAACGGAACUGACAGAAGGAAGUUCUGUUCAAGUUUUGUGUGGUGUUAUAUCUGGAGAUAAACCGAUGUAUUUUUCCUGGCUCAAGGAUGGAGCCCCACUACCCUCUAACUUGCAGAUUGAAGAGAAGAGUCUGAACGAGUUCUCCCUGCUGAUGUUCUCGGGGCUGACGGCGCGGCACAGCGGCGCCUACACGUGCCGCGUGUCCAACCACGCCGCCGCCGCCAACUACACCGCCACGCUCACCGUCAAAGUGCCGCCGGCGUGGGCCGCGGAGCCGCGCGACGCCGCCGUGCUGCUGGGGGCGCGCGCCCGCCUCGCCUGCGCCGCCGCCGGGCACCCGCCGCCCGACGUCGCCUGGCUCAGGAGGGUCGCCAUGGGUCUAGGAGGUGCAGAACACUCAGAUCACUGGGAAGUGGUAGUGAGUGGGACGGCGGAGGGGGCGUCGAGCGCGGGGGGCGUCGCCACGGCGGUGCUGGAGACGGGGGGCGACCGCGGCGCCGCCGGCGUGUACCGGUGUCGCGCCGACAACGGCGUCGGCCCGCCACUCAUCAAAGACGUCAAUGUUACCGUUCAUGCGCCGGCGCAGGUGGAGGCGGUGGCGGCGGCGGCGCGCAACGUGUCGGCGGUGCGCGGCGCGGCGGCGGCGCUGCGCUGCGCGGCCUCGGGCGACGCGCCGCUCGAGCUGCACUGGACGCACCGCGGCGAGCGCAUACAACAGGACUCCUACAGGUGGGUGGUGUGGGAGGCGCGCGGGGCGGGCGGCGCGCGCUCCACGCUGCACGUGCGCGCGGCCGAGCCGGCGGACGCGGGCGAGUACCGCUGCCACGCCUCCAACCAGUUCGGCCGCAGCGACAUCAUCAUAUACCUCAAUGUAGAAGAGCCUCCGCCGGCGCCGCAUGCGCUGCGGCUGGGCGGCGUGGCGGCGCGCUGGGUACGCGUGCGCUGGCGCAUUGUGCGCGGGCGCGGUGACGGCGGGCGGGAUGUACGCUACACCGCGCAGGUGGCGUUGCUGCCCGCGCGCGACGCUCGCGUCACCAACGUCACACUGCACGCCGAGCCCGACCCAGACGGGUCGAGCGCGGAGGCGGCGGGCUACAGCGCGCGCGUGGGCGGCCUGCGCCCCGCCGCCGCCUACUCGCUGCGCCUGCUGGCCGCCAACCACGCCGGCGCCUCGCCCGCCUCCGAGCCGCUGCUCUUCACUAUGCUGGAAGAAGCUCCGUCUGGUAUGCCGCAGAACGUCCACGCCAGAGCCACGAGCGACGAGGAAAUACUCGUAUCCUGGUCGGAAUAA